AUGGAGUCCUCCUCCUCUAUUCCGCCAAGACCUCAUAAGUCUUCAAGUGAAGAAACACCGUCUCGUUCACGGAAGACCUCUUACCCCUCUAACCAUUCCAUAUCACGCACUACAUCUUCAACCCCUUAUCCAAGUGCUACUCAUGGUGUGCUACCUAGACCGACCACCUCGACUACUCAGCGCUUGUCUACCUCGUUCAGUGGCAGCCGUUCUGCAACGAGCUUGUCGCAACGUUCAGGGCAGCGCCGCCAUGCUAGUACUACCUCGGGCCGUAAGUCCCGGACCACCUCGUCAGUCUGGGGCACAGAUUCCCAUGAGAUUGUAUGCAGCGUUUCCGAAGCUCGGGGCGUAUCUCCUACCGUUGGUCUUGCUUUUGUCAACAUAACCACCAAUGAGGCUGUAAUAAGUCAGAUAUGUGAUUCUCAAUUUUAUGUCAAAACUAUCCAUAAAAUUCAAAUGUAUCAACCGUCUACAAUCUUAAUCGUCAACACUGCAUUUCCCCCAAAUCCCAAAUCCAGUCUGCUUUCUAUCAUCGAGGAAGAACUUCCCGAUACACCAAUCGAACCACUUGAUCGUAAAUAUUGGUCUGAAAAUGUUGGCCUCGAGUUUAUUCAGACUUUGGCGUUCAGAGAGGAUCUAGAGGCCAUCAAAGUGGCUAUCGAAGGUAACUUCUAUGCUACAUGCUCAUUCGCUGCGGCUAUCAAGUAUAUAGAGCUCUCUUGUCAUGUAUCAAUCAUGUCCCACUCCCUACGUGUGCGAUAUCAACCAUCAGAAAAUACCAUGAUGAUCGAUAUCUCGACUAUUCACUCUCUCGAGCUAAUCCAGAAUCUUCACAAUGCGAAAUCAAAAGACUGUCUAUUCGGACUGCUAAACGAAACUCUCACCCCCAUGGGGUCGAGAAUGCUGCGAAGCAAUAUUCUCCAGCCUUCAUGCCAGGUUGACAAUACACUGACCCCUCGUUACGAUGCACUUGACGAGCUUACCGUUAAAGAAGACAUGUUCUUUGAAAUUCGAAAGGCUCUCAAAGGAUUUGCGGAUGUGGAAAAGCUCUUGACUACGCUUGUUAUUGUGCCUAAUCAAUCAUCAAUAUAUGCCUCGGAGCAGGCUGUCAAUAAUAUCCUCAGUGUCAAGGCUUUCAUCACCGCCGUUCCCACUCUCUUCGAGGCAUUAGGGACUGCACGUACAGAUCUGCUGACCAGGAUCCGUGCAAUAUGCCGCCCGGAGCUCACUCAACCUGUCACGGAUCUCAUCACAACGACGAUUAACGAAGACGUGACGGCGAUGAAAUCCCCUCUUGAUAUGAGGAAUCAAAGAACUUAUGCUGUUAAGUCUGGAGUUCAUGGGCUCCUAGAUGUUGCUCGACAGACAUAUAAGGAAGCUACAGAAGAUGUUCACCAACAUAUAGAAGACAUCAACCGGGAACAUGACCUUCUAGUAGAUCUUCGAUUUGAUGCCAAUCGACAAUAUUGGUUACGAAUUCGACAGAGUGACUUUGAUGAUAGAGAAAUUCCAGACGUUCUCAUAAACAGGGUGCGCAAAGGGGCGUGGAUCCAGUGCCAAACUUUGGUAUUAGUCCAACUCAACCACCGUAUCACGGAUUCUCACAAUGAGGCUAUCAUGCUAAGUGACAAAGUCGUUCAAGAACUUCUAGAUGCGAUUCGAGUACAUGUACCAAACCUCUUCCGUGUUUGCGAAAGCGUUGCUCUACUGGAUAUGAUUGCUGCCUUUGGACAAGCUGCUACUACUAGGGACUACAUAAGGCCUGAGAUCAGUGAUGCCUUAGCUCUCAAAGGUGCCAGACAUCCUAUUUGCGAACGAGUUAACCCUGAGCGUUUUGUUCCCAAUGAUGCUUUUGCAAAUGAGCAAUACCGAUUUCAGAUAAUCACUGGAUGUAACAUGAGUGGCAAAAGCACCUAUAUCAGGAUGAUUUCACUCCUUCAAGUAAUGGCUCAGGUCGGCUGUUUUGUUCCCGCACAGUAUGCGGCAUUUCCUGUGAUUCAACAGCUUUUCGUACGAAUGUCAACAGAUGACAGCAUCGAAGCCAACAUGUCAACCUUUUCACUCGAAAUGCGAGAAAUGGCAUUUAUACUCAGGAACAUUAACGAAAAGAGCCUAGCCAUCAUCGAUGAACUUGGCCGUGGCACUAGCACAAGAGACGGGUUAGCAAUUGCACUUGCUAUAUCCGAAGCCUUGAUUCAGAGCAGUUCCUUGGUUUGGUUUGCUACCCACUUUCAGCAACUCGCAAAGAUACUAGGCAGUAGACCAGGAGUUUUAAACUUACACCUUGCUACUGAAAUGAAUGCUAUGGAUGAUGAAAAUUUGAAGAUGACAAUGCUGUAUAAGAUUACAUCGGGGCCUGUUGAGGAAGAGCAUUACGGUCUGAAUCUCGCACGGGCUAUCGGGUUUCCGACACGAUUCAUUGAAGUUGCAGACAAUGUCUCAAGAACACUCGCAGAAAAUAUCGAAAAGAAGAAACAAACCUCCCAGUCAAGAAAGCUACUCCGGCGUCGGAAGCUGAUCUUGAAUUUGCACGAUACGCUUCUCCAACUACAGCAAUCUGACAUGGAUGAUGCUGCACUAGGGAGUUUUAUGAGAAGGCUUCAGGAUGAGUUCAUAUCUAGAAUGGAUGACAUUGAACGUGAUGGAAAAGUAAGCAAAGACAAGUUCGUCGAGGUGGCUGAGGAGGCGGAGUGAAAUGAUACCAUCACAUUCAAAGAGUCUUACGCCGACACUUUUAAACAUACCUAUUUAGCCCGCUAAUAGGUUGAGAUUCUAGCUCCUUGCUUUCUCAAAAUCUUAGCUCUCGCAAAGAUAUCGAGGCUAACUACCUACCUUGCAACUUAGGUAGUAGCACCUUUGGCACCAUUCCAAUAUGUUGAUGAUUCAAUCAAAGCUAUUAUUCCGCUACAUAUUGAAAUCUUCUCCAGGGUUUGCUCCAUU